GCCCAUGUUGGGGCCCUUAUAUCUCUACCAGUGAUCCGGCCCUGCAGCAGUCUGUCUGGCUCUAGUCUGUUUCUGCAGGGUGCGCGCUAGUGUAGUUCCUGCGCGUGCACGUGCGCGUGCACCGUGUUCAGCCCUCUCCUCGAGCUGUGUACACACACACACACACACCCACCCAGCAGAGAUCCGGGAGGAGCUCCAGCAGACAGUACCCAGUAACCUGGAGGAGGAGCGGGUCGCUGCUGCUGCUGUCCCCGGAGCAGAGAGCACCUUCAGCGGAUCCAGCUCGCGUCUCUGGUCGGUUCUUACCGGAACAACAGCUGAUCACAGCUGAUCACAGCUGAUUACUGGACCAGUCGGAAGGAAACCCAAUGGCCUCCAAUGACUCCCGGCUGCAGCAGCAGCCGUCCCAGAAAGAUGCAGCCGACCAGAACUUUGACUACAUGUUCAAGCUGCUGAUCAUCGGCAACAGCAGCGUUGGGAAAACCUCCUUCCUGUUCCGCUACGCAGACGACUCCUUCACCUCCGCCUUCGUCAGCACGGUGGGCAUCGACUUCAAGGUCAAGACCGUCUUCCGUAACGACAAGAGGAUCAAGCUGCAGAUCUGGGAUACAGCAGGUCAGGAGCGGUACCGGACCAUCACCACGGCGUACUACAGAGGAGCGAUGGGCUUCCUGCUCAUGUAUGACAUCACUAACCAGGACUCCUUCAACGCCGUCCAGGACUGGGCGACUCAGAUCAAGACGUACUCGUGGGACAACGCUCAGGUGAUCCUGGUGGGGAACAAGUGUGACCUGGAGGACGACAGGCUGGUCCCCACAGAGGACGGACAGAGACUGGCCGAGGAGCUAGGGUUCCAGUUCUUCGAGGCCAGUGCGAAGGACAACAUCAACGUGAAGCAGGUGUUUGAGCGUCUGGUGGACGUGAUCUGUGACAAGAUGAACGAGAGCAUGGAGGGAGAGAUCCACCUCUCCUCCAACCACAAGAACCCGCUGAGAGACUCGCCAGCAGAGAGCACCGGGGGCUGUGGCUGCUGAGCACACACA